AAGGAGCACCAGGGAUAAUUGGUCCGCAGGGUGAGAGGGGCCAAUCAGGCCUUCCUGGCUUACCUGGAGUCAAAGGUCAGGCAGGUGAUCCAGGUAUCCAGGGAGAAAGUGGUGAAGUGGGUCCUCAGGGAAUGCUUGGAAAAGAGGGUCAGAAGGGCAGUAGGGGUGAAACUGGUUGUAAUGGAAGAACAGGCUCCAGAGGAUCCAGAGGUCGAGCAGGCCAACAUGGUCCCCCUGGUAUACCUGGAAUAACGGGUUUACGAGGUCCAGUUGGUGUAGAGGGACCAGAAGGAAAGCCUGGGUUUUUCUGGUUCUCUUGGAAGUCUAGGAGAUAAAGGACCUGAUGGCCUCAGGGGUGUGAUUGGAGAGUCAGGAAAACAAGGGCCUCCAGGCCUACAGGGCCCACCUGGACGAACAGGCCAAGAUGGCACCCAAGGUCCUCCUGGUGAGAGGGGCUUCACUGGAAAACCAGGCAUAGCAGGUCCACAGGGGCCUGUAGGCAUGUAUGGUUAUCCAGGAGCCACAGGCCUUCGUGGACGACCAGGUCACAUAGGAGAGAGGGGUGAACCAGGAAUCAGGGGACCUGUGGGGCCACCAGGAGCAAGGGGCCCACCUGGUUUACCUGGCCCGGCUGGUGAGAGGGGCCCAUCUGGACCACCGGGUCGUCAAGGGGAGUCAGGACCUGUUGGCUUCCAAGGAGUGCCUGGACCUCUAGGCCUGCCUGGGACUGAGGGUAUGAUUGGAAAGCGAGGCCCCCCAGGGAGCAAGGGCCCUCAGGGGCCACAAGGAAAACAAGGUCCAGUUGGAUUGCCAGGCUUACUGGGAGCAAGUGGAAUGGUUGGUCAAGCUGAAGAGAAAGGGGAGCAGGGAGUGCCAGGACCUCCAGGUGACCCUGGUUCUGUUGGAUUGGAUGGACAACAAGGUCAUCCUGGUCCACCUGGUUUGGAGGGUCCAUCAGGGGCAAAAGGGGAAUAUGGAUCACCUGGACCCAUCGGAAAGCCUGGUCCAAAUGGACCUCCAGGAGAGCCAGGGCCUCAGGGCUCUCAGGGAAUGCAGGGUGAGCCAGGACCAAGUGGCAAAGAGGAAGGUAUCGGACCUCCAGGUGAUAUUGGAAACCCAGGCCCUAAAGGACAAAAGGGUGACCCUGGACAUAGAGGAUUGUCUGGGCGACAAGGGCUAUCUGGAUUUUUGGGGGAUCGAGGAGAGCGAGGAGUGAAGGGGAACAAAGGCUACUUUGGAGCACAAGGCCAGAAUGGGUUGAUGGGAGAGACUGGUCCAUCAGGCUUGAUAGGCCUAGAGGGUUUAAUGGGCCCACUGGGACCACCAGGAGCUAAUGGUUCACCAGGUCCAAAGGGAGAAACUGGAUCACAUGGUGUCACUGGCCAUCCAGGAGAUCAAGGCGAUCAGGGAAUAGCUGGGCAGAGAGGUUUAAAGGGGGUUAUGGGGAAGCCAGGACCUCAGGGAGCUGUGGGUCUCAGAGGCCCUGAGGGCUUACUGGGCCCCAAGGGUAUGCCAGGAAAAGGGGGACCUAAAGGUGAACCAGGAAGACAAGGACCUCUAGGGCAGAUGGGACCACCGGGUCUCCCUGGGUCCAAAGGAUCCUCUGCAUUGUCAGGAACAGAGGGACUUCCAGGAGAAGUGGGUGCUCAUGGCCCAGUUGGCCCACCAGGACCACAGGGCCCAAAAGGCAGAGCUGGACCUCAGGGAAGAGAGGGAAAGAAAGGUCAUAAGGGAAAUGAUGGUCGAGAAGGAGCUCCAGGAAAAACUGGGCAUGCUGGAAGGAGAGGGAAAAGAGGAACAGCUGGUCAAAGAGGCCUCAGUGGACCCAGAGGGGAGAAGGGACCGAAGGGGACACUGGGAAUGUCUGGACCUCCAGGCAGACCAGGAUCGUAUGGUUUACCAGGCAUUCAAGGUGAGAAAGGAGAGAAGGGUGAAAAAGGCUUUGAGGGAGAGAAGGGGGAAAUCGGGUCACUUGGUCCUCCAGGGGGAGAGGGACUGAAGGGAAAGCAGGGCCUAUAUGGAGAGAAAGGGAGAAAUGGACCUAAGGGAGAGCAGGGAGAUAUUGGACCAACAGGUCAAAGAGGGACCCCAGGUCUACCAGGGAUGCCUGGGCUGUUUGGAGAAAAGGGUUUAAAAGGAAAUCCAGGACUUUCUGGUCCAAAAGGAGAGAGAGGACCAACUGGCCCACCAGGUCUUCCAGGUCCUCCAGGAUUAUCUGUGAACCUAACACUGACUCAGCUAAAAGACCUGAUGUACCCAUCCGACAAGCCCAACUAUACACUUAUUCUGACGCUGCUGGACUCCCUUCAGCAAGACCUGCGACUCUUCAUAGAUCCACCAGAUGGCUCUAAGGAGCAUCCAGCGACCACAUGCUUGGAGUUAAUGCUCUGUCAUCCCAACUUUUCUAAUGGAAUGUAUUACAUCGACCCAAAUCAGGGCAGUUCAGCUGAUGCUUUACUAGUAUAUUGCAACUUUAGUUCAGGUGGCCAAACAUGCUUGCCACCCCUGCAGCCACAAAUGCCGAUGAGAUCCUGGCUCAAAGGCUCCAGGCCAGAUUCAUUUACUUGGUUGAGCUCUAAAGAUGGUGGCUUUCAGUUUGAUUACACUGGAACCAGUGUGGUACAGAUGAGAUUCCUACGAUUAAACAGUAAGAUUGCAAGACAAAACAUCACAUUUUCAUGCCAGCCAAACAGCCAUCAAGGUACAAGUGUGAGAGAGAUUAAGUUCCUUGCAGACUCGAGACGAAAGAGCUUUUUGGGAACAUUACGAGAUUGUGAGCCUACAGGUGUGCUGGAUAUGGGGCCUCAGGAGUCUGUGUUCCAGUUUGAGAGUGAAGACCUGGAGCUUUUACCAAUCAGAGAUGUGGCUUUAUUUGGCCACAGUGACAUGACAGAAAAAUUUAAAUUUACUAUAGGACACAUCUGCUUCAGCUAGACAAACACACUCUCAUUCGGGGACUUGCUGGACUGCUCUGCAGGACUCUCACUGAGAAAAGCAGAGCAAAUAAUUAAAAUCAAAAGGAGAAAGGGCAUUCUCCAAGAUCAGGACCUUUUCUCCUCUCCAUUUGCUGUAGGAAUGGAGAUUCCAUAUGAAUUCUUUAUUUCGUCUUAAGUUUGUAAAAUGAACUGAUCUGUUGUCCAGUGGCAACAGUAAUUUGGUGCACAGCUUCUCAUAAGGAGUUGCUGUAUAUUGUUUACAAUGCUUGUUUCUGUUAAAUAGCUUUAUUUAUAUGAUGUCAGUGUUAGAUGUUACUUAGAAUGCAAUUCACAUUUUUAUAAACCACAUACUUUCCUCAAAUCCCUUUAUUUCAGGUUUUGUUGCAGUUUAUGACAAUGAGCACUGUGAUCUCUGUUGCACCCACAUCUAAUGUUAAACGGAUAGUUCAACCAAAUAUAAAACAUUCUCUCAUCAUUUACUCACUCUCAUGCCAUCCCAGAUGUGUAUUACUUUUUUUUAGAAUAUCUCAGAUCUAUAGGUCGAGACAAUGCAAGUGAAUGGUGACCAGACCUUUCAAGCUACAUAAAAUCAAAUAAAGGCAGCAUAAAAGAAAUUCAUAUGACUCCUGUGGUUUAAUAUGUCUUCUGAAGCGAUGCAAUCACUUUGGGUAUGAAACAGAUCAAUAUUUAAAUCCUUUAUUUACUAUAAAUCUCCACUUUCACUUUCUGUGAACCUAAACUGAACAGAUGCUUUUAAAUUUGCAGGCAAAUCAGAACUGUUUUGGGUAUGAAACAGAUCAAUAUUUAAAUCCUUUAUUUACUAUAAAUCUCCACUUUCACUUUCUGUGAACCUAAACUGAACAGAUGCUUUUAAAUUUGCAGGCAAAUCAGAACUGUUUUGAUAAUUUAUGAAAAAUGUUGCACUGUACAUAUUAAUGUAAUUAGUAAAAACAUCAAACUCUUCAAAUAACCAUGUGUCAUAUGUUGUUGGAAAGCUCUCAAAGAGUAGAAUACAAGACAAAAAUAUAGCAAGGUAUGGCUAAGUAUUUCUUUGACAUUUAUGUUGGUGUUGUUUAUAUGCCGCGUUUUCGCUUAUAACUUCACACAAAAAAACACAGAACAUAAAAUAUCACAUACAGUUACUUGGAGGCGAUUAUUUUUCAAACGACCCCACACACAAGGUAAUCUGAUGCAUAGAUCAUUAGAUAAUCGACACAAAGCACAAUAUUACAUAUGGCCACCAGAAGAUGGCGCCAAGUGCAUGACAGACUCAAUGCAGACUCAUUGAGUCAAAUGGCACUUAUGUGAAAUCUCAUUACUAAAAUCAUGUCUCCGCUAUGCAAACCUUUAGUCAUUGUUGUGUUUGCAUAUGUAAUUAGUUCUAAUGUACAAUUAUGUUUAAUUUGGCUGGAGAGGCUUUUGGUCACUUGGAGACAUUUUUGUACACAAGGAUAAUUUUUUUUUUUUUUUUUUGUAAUGCUAUAACUUUUGAUUGCUUUGUCGUAUCAAAACAAAAAUGUUCUCAGUUAUAGUUGACAUGAUUAGGAACAAAAGCAGUUUUUCGGAGCCACCUUAUUUACACCUAGAGAUAUAUAAUGCGAAAUCAGAAAAAUAAGAGAGAGAAAAAAUAUUGGCUCAUGUUUUUUUGUGAUUUUUUCAGCAGUUUCUUAGGUUGAGAGUCUCAGAAUUUAUCAUAUCUAUAUCAUAAAAAAAUUAAAUAAAAAAAGUUUUCUUUACAAUGAUACCAAACACUUGAUCCUCCUUCCCCCUUGAUCUCCUUGCCACUGAAACAGAAAAUCUUCAAAAACACCUUCAGAGCUUAAAAGGUUAAAUAUUGGUCUGUUUCUCACCCACACCCAUCAUAUCACUUCUUAAGACAUAGAUUUUACAACUGCAGUUACAUAUAUGGAUUACUUUUAUGCUGCCUUUGAGAUUUUUGGAGCUUCUGGUCACCAUUCACUUGCAUUGUAUGGACCUUCAGAGCUGAGAUAUUCUUCUAAAAAUCUUCAAUUGUGUUGUGUAGAAGAAAGAAAGUCAUACAUCUGGGACGGCAUGAGGUGUAAAUGAUGAGAGAUUUUCCCUUUAAUAAACAAUGUGCCUCACAUUUAACUGCUUAGAAACACAGACUUAUAAAAUAAUUCCACACUAUAUUUAUAAUAUACAAUUAUUAAUAGGUAAAAAGCAUAGUUUGGUCAGUUGCUGUGGAAACAUUGUUUAUAAUGCAUCUCAUGUAAUUUAGUAAAUGCAAAAUAAUGAAAUGUUGACCGUUUUGAAUACUGCAGAGUCCAUUUCUUUUUUUUUUUUUUUUUUUGCAGUACUAUACCCUGAUCCUGCAGGAAACAUGUAAACAAUUGCACAGACUACACUGUGCUCCUGUGACUUAAAAAAAUAAAUGCACCAUAACUUAGCCCAGUUUCUUACUGAUGAUGACACUGUAUUGAAAUGUGUACAUUGAAACUAAAAUGACAUUUUCAUCAAUGCAACUCCCUUUAAGUAUGAACAGUGAAGCAAGCUACUUUGUCACUUAUAAAAAUUAAACAACUUCAAAAUCAACUUUUAUGCUUUCUUAUGGACUAUUUUUAAUUAAAUACUGCAAACGGUCCUAUCACUAAGCCACAUUAUCUGGUUGAAGGUUAAUAAUUAUUUAAUUAAUUUGUCCAUAGUCUUAUGUGGAAACUAACGAGAUGAUUUCAAAAUAGGUAAACUAUCAACAUUCUAGGUGACUGUGAGAUUAAACUGGACUGAAGCAUUCAAAUCUACUGAUUUAUACAUUGCGCAUUUGUGGGAUUAGACAGUUGUCAGUACCAAGUCAAA